AUGGAUAACUUGUGGCUGCACGCCUACAAUUUAGACCAGUGGAUUACAUUGGAUAAUAUAAUGAAUUUCAAUUGCAUUCAUAUCGAUUUGACAUCAUUCUCAUUCACGUCAUCUGAUAUGAAUAGAUAUUUGAAAGCAUGGAUAAAUGGAUGCAAUUUUCGAAUGAAGUAUCUUUCAUUAGAUCUCAGACCUUUAGAUCACAAGAUACUUACCGAUGGAAUUGAGGUGGAGGAAGUGAAUGCUUCGAUUGUGAGAAGUUAUCGUAUACCAGUUCUCCGGGGACCUUGCGUGUUUGAAGGUGGAACGGACAUACUUAGUAAAGAUGGAAGACGAGCAACAUUCCAACAAAUAAUAGAUAGAGAUUAUCUCGAUUCAGAUCGAAAAUUCUCGUUCGAAAUGGUGGUGUGGCCGGAGGGUGGUCAAUAA